CUCCACGACGCGGAGGGAGGGAGGACGCUAUAAAAGUGAAGUUAUCCGGUUGUUGAGUGCAUUUAACUCUCAUCAUUCUCAUUUUCAUUAUCUUACCACUUUCAAUUCCAAAUUCACUCUCAGAAAUUAGAAUGGCUAGCCAAUCAAACACUAAAUCAGUUCACGAUUUCACAGUUAAAGAUGCCAGGGGAAAUGAUGUUAAUCUCGCCGAUUACAAAGGAAAGGUCCUUCUCCUUGUCAAUGUUGCCUCACAAUGCGGCUUGACUAAUUCAAACUACACAGAGCUUAAUCAAUUGUAUGAGAAAUACAAAGGGAAAGGACUUGAAAUUCUGGCAUUCCCGUGCAAUCAGUUUGGGGCUCAGGAGCCAGGAACUAAUGAAGAGAUUGUGGAGUUUGCUUGUACUCGCUUCAAAGCUGAGUUUCCCAUUUUCGACAAGGUGGAUGUGAAUGGUGACAAUGCUGCUCCACUGUACAAGUUUCUGAAAUCAAGCAAAGGUGGACUCUUUGGGGAUAGUAUCAAAUGGAACUUCUCCAAAUUCCUUGUUGAUAAGGAUGGAAAUGUCGUUGACCGUUAUGCACCCACAACUUCUCCUCUUAGCAUUGAGAAAGACAUAAAGAAGCUGCUAGAUGCAUGAAUGACUGGAGUGGCCACUAAAUGAAAAAUAAUGAUUAGAAUAACAUCAUGAAUAAUGUACUGCAGAUCAGAUAUUAGUGGAAUUUCCUCCGAAUUUGUACUGAAACAGUUGCUCUGCUCAUGUACCUCUGAAUUACUAUUUGCUUCUUCAUCUAUAUAUAAAUUGUGUUGUGUAUCAAUUUAUAUAUGUAAACGAAAUUCAUUGCUCGUUUCAUUCUUA